UUAAUCCCCAACUUCGUCUGCAACUUCCGAACACAUCGAGACCUAGAAAUGGAAGCCAUUGGAGUUUUGAUGACAUUCCCAAUAUCAACUUACCUCGAACAAGAACUGGACAAGCGGUUCAAGCUUUUCCGGUACUGGAAAUUUCCUCUGAAAAUUGAAUUCUUGAGAGAAAAUUCGAGUUCGAUUCGAGCGAUUGUCGGCACCGGCCGUGUCGGUGGCGGUGCCGAUACUGAGUUGAUUAAUUCACUGCCCAGAUUGGAAAUCGUGGCCAGUCAUAGUGUGGGAUUGGAUAAGAUUGAUUUGGUGAAGUGUAAAGAGAAGGGGAUUAGAGUUACUUACACGCCCGAUGUGUUGACUGAGGAAGUCGCGGAUUUGGCUAUCGGAUUGAUUUUGUCCACUCUUAGGAGGAUUUGCGAAUGUGAUCGGUAUUUGAGAAGUGGGUUGUGGAAGAAAGGGGCCUUCAAGUUGACGACUAAGUUCAGUGGGAAAUCAGUGGGUAUUGUAGGAUUAGGCAGGAUUGGCUCAGCAAUAGCUAAGAGAGCCGAAGCCUUUGGAUGCCCAAUUAGUUACUACUCCAGAUCAGAGAAAUCAGAUUCAAAGUACAAAUAUUAUCCCAAUGUCAUUGACUUGGCCUCCAACUCCCAAAUCCUUAUUGUUGCAUGUCCACUAAACGAUGAAACUCAUCACAUCAUCAACCGCGAAGUCAUCAGUGCAUUGGGUCCGAAAGGAGUCCUCAUUAACAUCGGGCGAGGCCCUCUUGUUGAUGAACCUGAGCUUGUAUCUGCUUUAGUUGAAGGCCGAUUGGGUGGAGCCGGCCUAGAUGUGUUUGAGCAUGAACCUAGAGUACCUGGGCAGCUCUUUGGGCUUGAUAAUGUUGUCCUCUUGCCUCAUGUGGGCACUGCCACAAUGGAAACUCGCAAAGCCAUGGCUGACCUUGUCAUUGGGAAUUUGGAGGCUCACUUCUUGAACAGACCACUAUUGACUCCGGUUGUUUAAUUUUGAGCUUUCAAAUGAGACUCCCUCUAGCGUCGGUCAAAUCGAAUGAGAUUUCACUUAAAGCUCUUUGUAGAAUUUUUUGACCACUAAUCGAAUCGCUUCCUCUUUCUCUUGAACGACCCUUUCUACCUCCAGUCUAGAUAUGGUGUUUACCCUUCAGAUGUUUCAGUUCAUGAUUGUUUGGAGGCUUGCCAUUUUUACUCUCUGAGUG